AUUUGUUUACUUGACAGAACCACAAAUGCAUCUCCAAGUACUAACACAACAUAUAUGGCACGCUUGUGACCUCGCCUCCGUUAUCGAGGCCGACCCCUCUUUUGUUUCUUUCUCUACCAGUCCUAGUCCUUGUUUCUAAUUAUAUACAUUCCCAUUUCACCAUGCUUGUAUUGCUGCCUCUCGCCGGCGGCAUUACGCCGGCGACACACCCGGCUUCUAAAAACUCACUCAUUCCUCCACGACGUCGUAUUCUCGUUGUAUCUGCCGCAGAUAGCAACAUCUUUCCGUCAUUUAUCCCGAAACAAGUGGAGAAAGUUAAAGAUUUACAUGCUCAGAAGAUGGCCUCAAGAAUGCAGCAACUCCCCGUUCAGCUUAGUGGCUUAAACAAGCCUAUAUUGAGUAGCUGUGUGAGGCCUAUUGUACUUGCUAAAACAAAUCCGUUGGUUCUUUUACAUGGUUUUGACAGCUCCUGUUUAGAGUGGAGAUACACAUUGCCGUUGCUUGAGGAUGCUAAUUUGGAAGCAUGGGUGGUUGACAUUCUUGGUUGGGGGUUUUCAGACUUAGAAAGUCGUCCAGCGUGUACAGUGGUUUCCAAGCGUGAACAUCUGUAUCAGUUUUGGAAGUCCUACAUUAAAAGGCCUAUGAUACUAGUUGGACCCAGCCUUGGAGCAGCUGUUGCAAUUGACUUUGCAGUCAACCAUCCUGAAGCUGUUGAUAAGCUGAUUCUGAUUGAUGCAAGUGUUUAUGCAGAAGGUACAGGAAACCUCUCUAAGUUGCCUAAAGUUGUAGCCUAUGCUGGGGUUUAUUUCUUAAAGAGUUUCCUACUGCGGUUCUACGCAACUAAUUUAACUUUCAAUGGUAUACCUUUUGAUACCUGUUUAGACUGGUCUCAUAUUGGUCGUUUACAUUGUCUAUUACCCUGGUGGGUGGACACAACAGUAACUUUUAUGAAUAGUGGGGGUUAUAAUGUUCGCAACCUCAUAAAACAGGUAAAGCAUGAAACACUUAUAAUUUGGGGUGAAGAUGACCAAAUUGUAGACAACAGGCUUGCAGUAAGAUUGCACUGUGAACUUGCAAAUGCAAUACUACGUCAAAUACCAGAUUGCGGCCAUAUCCCACAUGUAGAAAAGCCAAAAGAUGCUGCCAAGUUGAUUAUGGAGUUUGUUAAAGCCGAGUCUCUUGUACUCACUAGGUAAUAGGAUAAUUUGGAUAUCGGGACAGAUGGUUAGCGUCUGUUAAUCUUUUCAUUAAAUAAAAGCUCAGUAGGUUUUUUGGUAUUUUAUGUUUACUGUUUUUACUCUGUUGGUAAUGCAUGUAUAGCCAUCAUCUUCUGAAUAAUUGUGACCUGGUUUUUAAAUGUACAGUGUUCUUGGAACA